AUGAACCCAUUGGUGAUCGUUAAUUUUGAAAGGUUACUUGAGCAAAAUUUUCGAACAAGAUUUAUGUCUGUAUACUAUGUCCUCAUGUCAAUGCAGGUAAACCCUUCUUCGUACUCUCCAACUCGUGUUUUCAGCCCACACUACGAUAAUUCUUCUGUCCAGUUUGAUUUGUCUAUGCAGCAGGAAAUUCGUGGAAUCCCGGAUUCGCAUCGCCCACUUCUGAUUCCAAUAAUUUUCGAAGCUAAAUAUAGACACGUCGAUGCUGACAAAAUGUACUUUACCGAUGGGUCUCUAAUUGAGGAAUCAACGGGAUUCGGAGUGUUCAACGAAACAACUAGCGCCUCUUAUAACCUCCAGUCUCCAUGCUCUGUGUAUAUAGCAGAGUUAGCUGCUAUUCACUGGGCCUUGGACAGCAUCGCCUCACGGCCUGAUGGGCACUACUACAUUGUAACGGAUAGUCUAAGCUCAGUUGACGCAAUACGAUCAAUACGACCGGGAAAGCACUCGCCGUUCUUCCUAGAGAAGAUACGGGAUACUUUGAGUGCUUUAACAAGACGUCGCUUUUCCAUUACCUUUGUUUGGGUUCCCUCUCAUUGCUCGAUAGUGGGCAAUGAGAAGGCAGACUCUCUGGCAAAGGUGGGGGCGACGGAAGGCGACACGUAUCCACGUGAAAUCGUCUUCAACGAAUUCUACUUCUUGGUACGAGGGAACUCUCUUGUCAACUGGCAGCGCAAAUGGGACGAGGAUGAGGAUGGUCGGUGGCUCCACUCGAUUAUCCCAAAGACGCGGUACUCUAUCGUUUUGACAUUGCUGGCAGCAAUUUGUGUAGUUGCGGCCAAGCCUAGAACGGCUCCACCACUCCUCAACCGGAACCAAGCCUGGAUGGAAGACAUCUUUUAA